AUGGUUAUAUACUCAGUGCUAGAGAGUAAACUUAGUAGCCAAGACCUGACCAAGUUGGUCGCUACCGCCAAAACUGUCGAGGAGACGCAAGAAAUUGCCAAAAAAUGGGAGUGGCGAAUCGCACAGCGAACUUCGGACGACGUUUUCGAUCUUCUGAAACUAAAGGAGAAAGGGGAUGCGGUAUUUGAAACUCCGGAAUUCAAGUCCUGGAUGUUUUACGUCAAAGAGUUGAACAGUGCUAGAAAGCACAAAGACGACGUUGAGCUUGCUAAUCGGCUGUACGGACACUACGGUCCCGAUGUGGAAAGAAUGCUCAAGAAAUCCGAAAAGACGGCCAGUGCGAAAAACGACGAAGAUACGAAGUCGAUCGUCAGGAUGUUGCUCGAUGUGAUUGAGAGGUAG